UCAGCCGGUUUAACGUCAACAGCUGUAAAAACACAUGGCUUGACGUGGUUUUCUUGACCAAUAAAGUGUGCUUUUGCUUACCAAUAAUUUACCAAUUCUUUUCUAUUACCUGACACCAAACUUGUGGUAACUGAGCAGCAUGAAUUUUGUAUUGAUAGUUUCGGUGUUGGCUACAACACUGUUAACGGUUACACAAGUGAAUGGGAUUGCUGUCAUGUCGAUUGACUUCGGUGCUGAAUGGAUGAAAAUUGGAAUUGUGUCUCCGGGUGUGCCAAUGGAAAUUGUGUUAAAUAAGGAAUCAAAGAGGAAAACACCGGCUGUUGUAAGUUUCAAAGAUAACACUAGAACUUUCGGUGAAGAUGCUCAGACGAUCGGUAUUAGGUUCCCUAGCAAUAGUUAUUCUUAUUUAAUAGAUUUGUUAGCUAAAGACAUUAAUCACCCCAUUGUGAAAUUAUAUCGGUCUCGGUUUCCUUAUUAUAACAUUGUGGAAGAUACACAACGUGGAACAAUAUUGUUUCAACACGAUGAUGAAACAUUGUACAGUCCUGAAGAAUUGAUUGCUCAACUUUUGCACCGUGCAAGGGAGUUUGCAGAACAAAGUGCACAACAACCGAUUAAGGAAUGUGUGCUAACAGUACCAGGGUAUUUUAAUCAAGCGGAACGAAAAGCCCUAAUUCAGGCAGCGGAGUUAGCUAAUCUCAAAGUAUUACAAUUAAUAAACGAUUAUACAGCUGUAGCACUUAACUACGGUAUAUUUAGGAUUAAGGAUUUCAAUGAAACCGCACAGUAUGUUAUGUUUUUUGAUAUGGGGGCGACUUCUACAACUGCGACCAUUGUCGGUUACCAGACAAUCAAAACAAAAGAACGUGGAUACGUGGAAACCCAUCCACAGCUUACUGUAAUUGGGGUGGGAUACGAUCGCACGUUGGGUGGGUUAGAUAUUCAGUUAAGGCUGCGCGAUUAUUUAGCUACCAAAUUUAACGAAAUGAAGAAAACUUCCAAUGACGUCUUUAAAAACCCAAGGGCCAUGGCCAAAUUAUUUAAAGAAGCGGGGCGCGUUAAGAAUAUUUUGUCGGCUAACGCGGAUCAUUUCGCACAAAUCGAGGGGUUGUUGGACGAAGUUGACUUUAAAUUGCAAGUGACUAGGGACCAACUUGAAAGUCUCUGCGGGGAUCUGUACGGUCGCGUGGCUGCACCUGUGAAACAAGCUUUGAAAAUGGCCGGUUUGUCUACAAGCGUGAUCGGUCAAGUCAUCCUCUUUGGGGCCGGUACCAGAAGUCCAAAGGUUCAACAACUAUUGCAUGAUAUCGUUGGGCAAGAACUCGCUAAGAAUAUUAACACGGAUGAAGCAGCUGCAAUGGGCGCAGUGUACAAAGCAGCCGAUUUAAGUACAGGCUUCCAAGUGAAGAAAUUCAUAACCAGAGAUGCUGUUCUGUUUCCCGUCCAAGUCGUAUUUGAACGUGAAACGGAAGGCAGCACUAAGCAAGUCAAACGUACACUCUUCAGCUUGAUGAAUCCGUAUCCGCAGAAAAAGAUCAUCACCUUCAACAAACACACCAGCGAUUUCAGCUUUAGCGUGAAUUACGCAGAAUUGGAUCACUUACCAGAAACCGAAAUUUUGAGCAUAGGCGCCCUAAAUUUAACAUCAAUCAGCUUAGACGGAGUCGCCGAGGCUAUCAAUCGAAACAAGGGCGAGAAUCGCGAGAGUAAAGGAAUUAAAGCGCAUUUCGCCUUCGACGAGUCGGGCAUUCUCAAGUUGGUGAAUGUCGAAUUGGUAAUCGAGAAAACGGUCAACCCGGAAGCCGAAAACGACGAAGAGGGCACACUGUCAAAGCUCGGAAGUACAAUCAGCAAACUGUUCACCGGCGAAAGCGAUACCCCCGAAGCCGAGAAACCCGUAGAGGAAGCUAAACCUGAAGAACCCAAGGAAGAAUCUUCCAAUGCUACUAGCAAAAAUGAAACGGCUCAAGCGAAAAACGCGACGGAAAAAGAACCAAAAGAAGCAAAACCGAAAAUUGUCACAAUAAAAGAUCCAAUCAAAGCGUUUGAGAAGACGCUUUAUAUUAACAAGCUCACCAAACAACAAAUGGAGGAGUCCGCCAACAAGUUAGAAAAAUUAAACGUAGUAGAACGCGAAUUAAACCGAAGGGCCACCGCCUUAAACAACCUGGAAAGUUACGUCAUCGACGCCCAAAACAAGCUCUACGAGGACGAGUACUCCGGAGCAUGCACCGAGGAAGAAUUGGAAAAAAUUCGGACAUCGUGCAGCGAAAUUUCCGAUUGGCUUUACGAGGACGGAUCGGAAGCGGACGCCGAGACGUACGAAUCCAAACUAGGCGAACUGAAACAGCUCACCAAAAACCUGUAUUUGCGCGUUUUGGAACACAGAGAAAGGCCCGAGGCAAUCAACGCCCUAAAAUCAAUGCUGAACGGUUCCGUUCACUUUCUCGCGUCCGCCAAAAACCUAACCAAACAAACAAACCCCGAGAAGGACGUCUUUACGGAAGUGGAGAUCGAAACUCUCCAACGCGUCAUUAACGAAACACAAGAGUGGAUGGACAAAAAGGUUGCCGAGCAAGACCAAUUGAAAAAAUCCGAGCCCGUUAAAUUAACCGUUAGGCUGUUGUCAGAAAAGAUGGCGUUGUUAGACAGAGAGGUGAAAUACUUGGUGAAUAAGAUUAAAAUCUGGAAACCGAAGAAGACUGAGAAACCUAAGGAAGAGAACGUGACGGCUGAACGUGAAAGUAACGUCGAAGCGGAGGCACCAGAGGAAACGAUUGAAAAACCUGAAGGCGAAGCGGAAGUGACUGACGAAACUGAAGAGUCUGAGAAAUUAUCGGAUGAAGAAAAUCAUGUAGAAUUAUAAAUUUUUAGUGCAAUUAUAGACUGAAUUUUUUAAAUUUUUUUACCCCGUUCAUUUUUUGGUAGUGUAGUAGGUAAUCAUAUUUGACAUUAUUUCAGUGCAUUUACUGUUAUUAAUUUGAUUGCAAAAAGUGCACAAUUUUUCAGAAUUAUGAUUGACAGUAUGAGGCGUGUACAUUUUUUAUCAUAAGUAAUUGUUUGUCAAAUUAAAGUUAGUUUGGGAACUUGUGGAGUGCGUAGUAAUUGGCAUUUAUUUAUAUAAUUUAAUGCAAACCAGAAUUCUUGGCGUGUGAUGUUCUCAAAUUCAUCCAGUGUGUUUAUAUACCUAAUUAGAUAGUUUCAAACACUGCACUAGUAUGAAAUAAUUUGUACCCAAAAGUUAAUGAAUCAAAAUAGUAUAAUGUAAUACUUUCUAUUUUUGUAUUUUGUCUGUUAUAGUGCUAGAUCUUAAUUCCCAGCUAAUGCUUACUGCAAUUGUUUGCGUUGUGUGACAGUACUUUUGUUAUCAUAGGUAGAAAUCGUUAAUGUCAUUUGGAUUAAUUACUACGUUUUUCGUUGUACUUGUUUUCGUGAUUUUUUAUGAUUAAGAAAUUGCAGCAAUGUAUAAAAUUCAUUCCAAUAACUUAAAUUAUUUAUUGCAAAACGUUUGAAAUAUAUUUAUUGAAUAUA